AUGGCGACGACGCGCGAGGCGCUCGCGAUCGCGCGGUUCCCCGCGAGCGCGCGUCCGCGCGUCUCCGCCGCGCGCUCGAGCUCGCGCCGCGCGGCGCGAAGACCGCACCGCCGCGCGUCGACGCGAGACGACGACGAUUCGACGACGACCGCGACCGACGACGCGGCGUCGGACGCCGCCUUCGCCGUCGCGUCUCUCGACGCGCCGCGUCGGUCGCUCUUCGUCGCCGCGACCGCGACCGCGCUCGCGCGCGCCGUCGCCGUCGCCGUCGCCGUCGCCGUCGCGCCCCUCCCCGCGCGCGCGCUCGACCUCCUCGUCGCGCCGCCCGACAUCGACGAGAUCCUCGCGGGCGAGCGCGUCCCCGCGGCGUCCGACGACGACACGGUCGCGCGGGACGAAUCGUCGGGGUCGGCGUCGGCGCCGGCGCCGGAACCGCCCGCGGAGCGCGACGUGAUCACGACCGCGUCCGGGGUGGCGUACGCGGACCUCGCCGUCGGCCGCGGCGAGCCCGUGAAGCUCGGCGCCGUCGUCGUCGCGCACGUCGUCGGGACGCUCCCGAAUUCGAACGACUUGGUCUUCGAGGACACCUACGCGCGCGGCGCGCCGCUGGUGUUCGAAUACGGGAUCCGACCGCCGGGGGUGUGCGAGGGCUUGGAGGAGGCGAUAGGGACGAUGCGCGCGGGAGGGCGGCGGCUCGUCGCGGUCCCGCCGGAGGUUGGGUUCGGGAAUAAGGCGAUGAAGGCGCCGGGAGGGAGGAUACCUCCGGGCAGCGCGUUGCGAUACGAGGUGGAGCUGUUGCGGUGUCUCGGGAGCGGCGAGAGCGUCGCCGGCGGGGAAGGGGAAGGGGAAGGGGAGGACGGCGUCGGACGCGUCGCCGCGGGCGAGCGCGUUUGCUGCAGCGACGCGAACUACCCGUGCGAUCCGCUGAGAGCCUUGGAAGCGGGCGGCGGCGGCUGA